GAGUUGGUUCAGUCCGCGUGCGAGGCCAGAGGGCUUAUAAGAAGAGGUCGCACCAGACAGAGGUAACCCUUCAGAGGUGACCUUUCGUGUGGUCUCUCGCCUGGUGAUAACUCGUCCGGGAUAACGCACCUUGCCGGGCAUUCACGGGUCAAAAGGCAAUGGGUGACGUGGAGAAGGGCAAGAAGGUGUUCGUGCAAAAGUGCAGCCAGUGCCACUCUGUGGAGAAGGGCGGCAAGCACAAGACUGGCCCCAACCUCUCAGGGAUUUUUGGACGCCAGACCGGCCAGGCCCCAGGCUUCUCAUACACGGACGCCAACAGGGACAAGGGAAUCGUGUGGAAUGAGGACACGCUCUUCCUUUACCUGGAGAACCCAAAGAAGUAUAUCCCCGGCACCAAGAUGAUCUUCGCCGGCAUCAAGAAGGAGGGCGAGAGGAAAGACCUCAUCGCCUACCUCAAGCAGUCGACAGCCGAGUAGUGCAAAGACAGGCGAAUCGAAAUUUGUAUGUUAAAAGUGCCUUUUUAGUUUUGUUAUGUAUUUAUAGAACAUGCCUUUACAUUGCAAUGUUCAAAUAAAAACCAGUCAGCACUUGGGUAAUAUCAAAGCCAUGUUUUGGACCAACUUGCAAGCUGAACAUAUUUUUACCUGGCUUUAUUUUAUUUAUCCACAAAUUGGGUGGACAUGACUUCAUGAGAAAGUGGAAAUGUGUAAACUGUAUACCGCAUCACUUCCAAGGCUGUGCAGUUUUUGUGCAGGUCAUUGUUCAGCAAUUGAAGGGAACUUUAAAUAUUCGGUAUGGUUAUGCAGAGUUAUGUAUAAACUCUGUACUUGUGGAAAUAAACUAUACUGCAUCUGUGGUGAAAACAA